CCUUCAGUCGAGCAACAACAUACCAGGAGUAAACAACUGUGUGGUGUUUGUGUUGUAGUUUUCUGACUUGUUUUGCUGAUCACAAAGUAAGAUGAAUCCAAAGGAUGUGUCAUGCAGCAGUUAUGUGCACAACCCUUACCUGGAUGGACUGAAAGAUGACAACCUCUACCACUUUGCUUUAGGAACAGGAACUCACAACCUACCAGCGAUGUUUGGUGACGUCAAAUUUGUGUGUGUCGGGGGCAGUCCUCGCAGAAUGAAAGCAUUCACUGAGUACAUUGCUGCUGAGCUCGGUAUGGAAGACCCGAAAUCAGAGUACCCAAACAUCUGUGCUGGAACAGACCGCUAUGCUAUGUACAAAGUCGGCCCUGUUCUGUCAGUCAGUCAUGGGAUGGGCAUACCAUCUAUUGCCAUAAUGUUGCAUGAGCUAAUAAAGCUCCUCCAUCACGCACAUUGCACAGAUGUUACAGUUAUACGCAUUGGAACAUCAGGUGGAAUAGGGCUUGAGCCUGGCACAGUUGUCGUCACCAAGCAGUCCAUGGAUGCCACCUUCCAGCCCAAGUUCGAGCAGGUGAUCCUGGGGAAGACGGUGGUGCACGAUACUGAUCUGGACCAAUGCUUGGCUGAGGAGCUGCUGCAGUGUGGCAAGGAGCUGAACCAGUUUGAGACUGUGAUUGGCAACACCAUGUGUACACUGGAUUUCUAUGAAGGACAAGCUCGUUUGGAUGGAGCUUUCUGCUUCUACACUAAGGAGGACAAAAAGGACUACCUCAAAAAAGCCAGUGAAGCAGGAAUCUGCAAUAUUGAAAUGGAGUCUUCAGUUUUUGCUGCUAUGUGCAAGCUGAGCGAUCUACGAGCGGCUGUGGUUUGUGUGGCAUUACUGGAUCGGCUGAAGGGGGAUCAGCUCAGCAGCUCUCAUGAAGUUCUUCGCGGUUACCAAAAACAUCCUCAGAUUCUGGUUGCUCACUACAUCAAGAAGCAGCUAAAGGCCAAAGCAGUUUGUAGCUAAGUGCAAGCCCACAUAAAAUUCUGGGUAUCCUCUCCUGAAAACAUGGUGCUAUGCAAUAACUCAGCUUUAAACAUUUUUUAAACAUUCUUUCCUGCUCACAAAUAGCCAUACCUUUAAUACCUCUAGAUUAAAAUUUGAAAUAUUGCAAUGACUUUUAUUCUUUGACACUGUCCUUAUAUGUCCUGGACUAUUUUACUUUUGUAUUUAACUUAGGUCUUAGAGAUCUUAUCACAGUUUAUUUCCCUUGAUAUAAGGGUGGAGGAGCUCACUUGAAGACACAAGUGAUGCUCUGGACAUGCAAAUGUCUGUCUUUCAUUCCUAACUGAUGACAAUCCCACCCUGAAAAGUGUCCCAUCAUUUGCUGGUUUGACCAGGCCUGAUUCAAAACCACAAUUUCUGAUGGGCUUUAAACCUCAAAUGUUGAGGCCACCCAAAUAAUAUAAGGUGGAGCAGACACCUCUCUUCGUCAGGGAAGUGGUACAGCAAUAGUUUAAGUGUGAGGUAGUCUUUGGACCAAGCAAUGCUCACAAAAAAUGUUUGGAGAUUACAGAGGCGAUUACAUCAUUACAUCAUAUAAGGUGUUUUAAUAAAUCUCUCUUUUAGUGACCUAAAACUAUUUGCAUGUGGACAAGAGGCCAAAACCUAAAGGAAAUACGUCAUGUUUAAGGCUGCCUUUGUUUUUUACAACAUGUGAAGUUUCUUUUCAAUAAAACCUGAACUUGAUGACUUUUAGGGAGUCUAUGUUUACAACGGUGCUGUAACAAAAUCAUCUCAUUGUCUAGAAAUAUUUCAUGGAAACUGUAAACUGGUGAUGAUGAAUGGUGUAUGGUUGUUAAAAAAAUAUGUAUCAUCUGGAGUGUGUUUUAUGCAGAAUUUAUGUUGCUUGUUUUUCUUACAAUUAGGCCUCUCUAAUGUUUCUACAAGUUUCAUUCAGAACCUAAAAACUGCAACAAAAUGUCACUAAAUGUAAGGGUAAAAGGGUAAAAGACACUGAAUGUAUUAAAACCACUAAAUCCUCA